AAACAAUUGAAUUUUCUAUGCAAUUAAUUGCUAAAACAAUCUUAAUGAAAUUUAAAGUUAUAAUAAAUCCCAUUUACAUGGAAUUUAAUCAUUUAUUUAUCCUCUCCAUUUAACUAAGAAUAUUUCAUGUAAUUUCCAUCAUAUGUAACGUAUAAUGUUGCUGUCAGUAGCGGAGCAUCAUUCAUACUAUCAUCCAUUCUCACAGUUCUUGUGUUCUCUGGGAUGCAAAUAUACAGGAAUUGGUUGGCAUCUUCGCAACUUUACACCAUACUGGGAGGAUAUAUCGGAUCUAUAUUAUUUAUGUGCGUGUUAACUGCUAUAGGAAAUCUGGAAUCAACAAUAUUUGGAAAAUCUUUUCAACAAAAAUUAUUUCCUGAAGUUAUGUUCUCAUUGAUCGUCAGUUUAAUUGCAUCAGGACUAGUGCACAGAGUGGCAACUACCACCUGUUUUCUGUUCUCUAUGAUUGCACUGUAUUACAUCAACCGGAUCUCUCAAGAAACCUAUGCUGUACCUGUACCUACGGUACAAAUGCACACAAAAAAAAGAAAAUAAAUUAAUCUUAAUGUAA